AUGGAAGCUUUCUAUAAACUGCUUCCGCUAUUACUCAAGGCACCUACCCACCUAUGGUGUGUCAAUAACCCCACCAAGAAGCUUAACUUAAAUGUCAACAAACUGGCAAAUGUCUGUCGUGACAUGGUCAGUAGAGAAAGACUAACCAAAAUGAAGCUGCCUGCAAUCCAGCUAAGUGUGAAGCAGAGAGUUGAAAAUACUACACCUUAUACGAGAGAUGCGAAUGCAGUGCCAGAGGAACAAAAUAAAAAUAACAAUCAAGAAAUUGACAAAAAUAGUGAAUCUGAUGUGCAAGAACCACUGAGCCUCGAUACACAAGAUGAAACUGUGGGCAUCAUUAAAGAAAGUAUUCUCCAAAGAUAUGAAAUAGCCAAGGAAACCCCAAUAAGUCAGAGGCCACCAAUUCCAAAAAUAAAAAAUGAGCGACACGCAAAAUCAGCCAUUGAAACAGCAAACAAAGCCAUACUAAGCCGUCAACCAGAUCUCUCACAAACAUCAACCAUCUUAUGCAUUUGCUCUACUGUUAAAGAAUCACUGGGCAUAAAAACAAAAAGGAACAACAAGCUGAGAAAACCAAACCAAGGCAACCAAAAUGGAAAAAGAAAAUUGAAGGUGAAAUAUCAGGGAUCAGGGAUGACGUAUCUACGUUGA